GCAUUGCACUUUGAGGUGCUCGGUUGGUUGUAUUCGCAUUUCGUUGCAUUUGCAUACGUGUGUGUGUGUGUAUUGUUUUAUUUUGUCUAACUAGCGACACUGCUAUUGCCUGUGCAUGCAAAUUAAAAGGGGACAACACGCAAUUAGACAGCGGGAGUACGUGUAUUGAUUUUCAAGUGUAACUAAAAGUGUGACCAUGUCAAAGGAUUUGGAUAUUGAGCAGGCGGCGCAGACGACGGCAACGUCAACGCCGACAGCGGCGCCAACAACGACCUCAAUUGAAGUCAAAGCCGAGCCUGUUGCUGUUGUUGAAUUGGCAGCGGCAGCAGCAGCAGCGAAUGGCGAAAAUAAUGGCAAGGCUGAUCAGCAACAACAACAACAACCGCAAGCAGUGACAGCGGCGGUAACAACAACAAUAACAGAACAAGUGCAGCCAACAGUUGCGGCUGCCGAUGCGGUCGCAAGUAAAGGCGGCAACAACAAGUCCACUAUGGAUCCGGCACUGAUCAACUUCAAGGUGCUCUAUGUGCUGACACAGCUGUGUGGCCUGACAAUGAUUGUGUUGGUUGGCACCUGGAUUGGCCAGCAUUAUGGUGGCUUAGGUGGCUCAUCGAAUCCCAAGCUCGAAUUUAACUGGCAUCCAUUAUUUAUGACCAUUGGUUUCAUCUACUUGUAUGGCAAUUCUAUUUUGGUGUAUCGCGGUUUUCGCACCACGCGCAAGAAGACACUGAAGCUCACCCACGCUGGCAUACAUAUGGCUGCCUUCAUACUCACGGUGAUUGCCCUGAAGACGGUAUUCGAUUCGCAUAAUCUGGCCGAUCCCCCAAUUCCCAAUAUGUACUCGCUGCACUCGUGGUUGGGCCUGUCGGCUGUGAUCAUCUUUGGUUUGCAGUAUGUGGCUGGUUUCACCGCCUUCCUGGUGCCGGGCAUGCGGGAGAACUACAAGAUUGCUCUGAUGCCACUUCACAUCUAUUUCGGACUCUUUGGCUUUGUGUUGGCCAUUGCAAGCGCUGUGAUGGGACUCACUGAGAAGGCCAUCUUCUCUCUGGGUGCCAACUAUUCCACAUUGCCUGCGGCUGGAGUGCUGGCCAACAUUAUUGGCGUUCUCUAUGUGAUCUUCGGUGCUCUCGUUGUUUACCUGGCCACAGAGCCAUCCUACAAGCGCAAACCUCUGCCCGAGGACACGGCUCUGCUCGCCAGCAAUGGCGCCGAGUAGGUCUCGAACCAUCUACCAUUUACUUAAGCUCAAAACUGUGCACAAAACGUUUAUAUAUAUAUAUGUUAUGUAUAACAAAUUCCCCAAGAGAGCGAGUGAGCGAGAGAGAGAUUUAUUUGUGGAUUUUUUGUUCUGCUCAGCAACAGAAAUGUUAAAGUUAAAGUUACAUUUUUUAAUUAUAAUAGUGAAUAAUUUAUAAACAAAUGAUUUGUUUGUGUGACGAAAAGUUACCUGCCUGUUUACCCGUAACGUGACUCGAUCUGACAUCUGUAUUAUACGAAUAUUUGUAAUAUAUAUCCAUUUAUAUAUAUCUAUAUCUAUAUGUAUCUAUUUACCGUAAAUAAAAUUCUGUAAUCAGAACGCAUUCGCUACCAAA